AUGCCUUCAGAUCAAUCCACCUGGCUCAUCGCGGUUCCCCAGGAUGGUGACUCGGAGGGCCUGCUCGAAGAGCUCCAGUCCAAAUUCAGAACGAAUUCUCGCACCGCGCCGGACGGCUUCGGCCAGCUCCAUAUACCCUCGUUCAAGACAGGAACGCUUGACCUGCUCAUUGCGCUGUCUGAAGAGUUGCCGAAGCAUGAUGCAUAUUUCACGUCCGUCGUCGCGAAGACAGUCGAUACGCUGCGCAACCUCUUGAACAACGAUCCUUCCAAACUUGCGCAGCACGUACUGGUCGACGAGCGUCCCGUUGACGACUACCUCGCGAACGACUGGAGAUGGAACGAGGGGAGGUACGGCACUCAGCGGAGUUUGAGGGAUAUGACCGAUAUCUUGAGCAAAGAAAUGACUUCGAUAGACAACGUCAUGAAGGCAAAGUUGACAAGUUACAACCUCGCUAAGGGCUCACUUACGCAACUGCAACGAAAGAAGACUGGCAACUUAUCCGUGCGCUCAUUAGCCGAUGUCGUAUCCGCGGACGACUUCAUUCAAGACUCUGAAUACUUGGAGACCUUGGUCGUUGCCGUGCCGAAAAAUAACGUCAAGGAUUGGUUGCAAAAGUACGAGAAACUCACGAACAUGGUCGUGCCGCGAUCCACGAAUGCAAUUGCCUCUGAUGAUGAGUUCACGCUCUACUCCGUUGUCAUAUUCCGGAGGGUCCACGAUGACUUCGUGCAAAAGUGCCGAGAGAACAAAUACAUGGUCCGCGACUUCACGUUCUCUGAGGAUCAGAUGGAGAGGGAGCGGGAAGAGUUACAGUUGGCGGACGCCACCGAGAAGGAGCUUUGGACUGAGCUUUUACGGCUCUCACGGACCAACUUCUCCGAAGCAUUCCAGCUACUCGUACACAUCAAGGUCAUACGCCUAUUUGUCGAGAGCGUGUUACGUUAUGGUCUCCCCGCCAACUACAUUGGUUUCGUCGUGAAACCGAACCCGCAAACGACAACGCGGUCACUUGGUCUUCUUCAGAUGCAUUUCACUUACCUUGCUCCGCGGUCCUCGGGUGGCAAGGCGAAGGCCGGCGCUUCAAAUAACGACGACUUCCUCGGCGAGUAUCAGACGCUCAUGGAGCAAGAGUUCUUCAACUUUGUUCUCUUCGAAGUGCCAUGGAUUGUAUUGUAA